UAGUGAUGUUGUGGUGGUCCACGCCGCCAGCGCCUUCCAGAGUGUCGCCCCGCGCCGAGGAGCCGCUGUGAGAGAGAGAGAGAGAGAGAGAGAGAGGGGAGAGGGAGUGGGAGUGGGAGUGCCCGCCACGCAUGGAGGUGACCUCGGACCGUGCGGUGGCAGCGCUUGAGAUGUCGCAGAGCCAAAGCAAAGACGACGGGCCCUUCGACAGCGACAGUGUCUACGAGAGCCUGCCACCUCAUGUCUCCGUGGCGACCCACAUGACAGCGGGAGCCGUGGCUGGCAUCCUGGAGCACACGGUGAUGUACCCCGUGGACUCUGUCAAGACAAGGAUGCAGAGCCUGCAGCCAGACCCGAAUGCACAGUACAGAAGUGUGUACGGGGCUCUGAAAAGGAUCAUUCAGACGGAGGGGAUCUUCAGACCGCUGAGGGGCCUCAACAUCACCAUGAUGGGAGCGGGACCUGCCCAUGCGCUCUACUUUGCCUGCUACGAGCGGGUCAAACGCUCACUGAGUGACGUCAUCCAGAGUGGAGGCAACAGCCAUUUAGCCAAUGGUUUGGCAGGUAGCGUGGCCACUGUUCUUCAUGAUGCAGUCAUGAACCCAGCUGAAGUGGUAAAGCAGAGGAUGCAAAUGUACAACUCUCCAUAUCGAGGACUCUUGCAUUGUGUUCAAACAAUAACGCGGACAGAAGGCAUCGGAGCCUUCUACCGCAGCUACAGCACGCAGCUGACCAUGAACAUCCCCUUUCAGGCCGUUCACUUCAUCACCUACGAGCUGAUGCAGGAACAGUUGAACCCCCACAGACAUUACCACCCCGGCAGCCACAUAGUUUCGGGAGCAGCAGCGGGCGCCAUUUCCGCAGCAAUCACAACUCCGCUUGACGUCUGUAAAACGCUGCUCAACACACAAGAGAAUGUAGCCCUCAACUCCGUGAACAUCAGUGGCCACUUAACGGGAAUGGCCAAUGCCUUCAGGACGGUGUACCGGCUUGGUGGCCUGUCAGCCUUCUUCAAAGGUAUCCAAGCACGAAUUAUAUACCAGAUGCCCUCCACCGCUAUUGCCUGGUCAGUGUACGAGUUUUUCAAGUACUUCUUGACAAAGCGGUAGUCGGAACAAGUGGCAGGACCUGGCAACCUUGGAGCAACCCACAACCUAGACUGACAAAGGAAGCUCCGACAUGUGUCAUCGUCUUCCUCCUCCACUCCCACAGACCCAUCAAACACAACUCUCCACACUCUUUUCUACAUGUGGUGACCAUAUGAUCAAAAUGUCUUGAAUGAUGUUUAUGGUUCUGUUGGUAUUGGAACGUUUUAUUUAUUUUGUUUGCUUUCUGAGGCUGUAUUUUAGGGAUGUUUGUUUUGUUUCUUGGAGUAUUUAUGAAGAAUUAUUACAACACAUUCCUUAUUUCUACUGAACAGUGGACAUGACAUCUGCGCUUUUCAAGUGCCUCAUAAAUAUUAUAUAGUUUUUUGUUUUGUUGUUUUCUCUUUUUGUCACCGGAUUUUGAGAAUUGCUAGUUUUGGUCCAAGUUGUAUAAAAAAACGUGGUCAAUUCUGUUCUAAGAUUAUAAUUUUGUCAUAAUCAGUCACAUUUUUCCAUCCUGAGAGACUCACACUCUCAGGAUCAAGGUGUAUAGGCCAAUACGGCCCAUUUAUUUGCCCUGUUUAAGUGAAUUACGAGAACACUCCUGAAUCACGCACAACAACCUGAUGCAGAAAGAAGGCAGCUUUUUUUUGUAUUCAAAAACAUAUAUAUAUAUAUAUAUAUUUUAGGGUGACUAUUUCUGAGAAAAUAUUAUGCAGGUCCGAGGGUGGAUCGAAUAAGGCUGUUACUUGAUACGUUUGGCUCAACCCUUUAUGUGCAUUUGUGGUGUGAUGUUUAUGUAUGUAUGUAUCAUAAUGACCUAUGAACCUAAAGGUCGUAGAUUGUAUAUAAAAUAUUUUUCAGAGUUUAUGUUUGGCUAAAACUUACAGUCCAGUGAUGUUGGGCGCUCUUCAUUACCAUGAGACCAAGCCUGAUCAAAUCAGCCGGGUAAGCAGGCAAAUGCCGUUUCUUUCAUUUCCACUCGUCCUGUUGUAGUUACACAUUUCCUGUGUGCUCACUGCUCUCUCCAGCCUAUUGUCUAUUUUUGAUGCAGUAGUCAAGACAUUCCUCCAGAUAUUGAUGUAAUCCAGCAAGCAGCCAGAUUUAUUUGUUUUUAAUUAUGGAGUUGUUGUUUUUUCUUACUCUGGAAAAAGUUCAGAGAGUUCGUAAGAUUCCAGUUGUCUCACGGAGCUCUUAGCAACAGAUUCUUCAUGCUUGUACCGUUGGAUGAUUAUUAAUAUACCAAAGACAUGCAUUGUGUUCUAUACAUCCUACUUUGAACCUGUAAUUAUGAUGCUAUGUGCCUGCCUGCUGUGUCAUUCCACACUCACCCCCACAUAGUCUGCACUCAGAGAAAAGUUAAAUAGCUUCUUCAAUUCUCAAUUCUGUGUGGUCAUGGAGCCUGUUGGAGCAAGACAAGUCUUUACUGCCUGAGCAUUUCCAUUUGCAAAAGUUUAAUGUAGAAGUUCAAUGAUAUUAUGAAUAUUUUUGGAAAGUUUGGACAAUUACAGUGUGACCUAAUUGUUAUUGACUGAUUAGUUGUUUUAGACUAUAUAAACAGCUCAUUUUGAAUAUCGUUACAUGUGCAAUAUGAAUUUCACAUGAAUGGAUAAUAUGUUAAAACUUGAAAAUAAAAGAAGCUUAGCAUAGGGCCAUGCAGCUGGUUAAUUCUGAUCACAGUAUGUUUUGUCUGUUGUCCACGUUUGUCAUUUCACCUGGAUCCAAUGACAAACAUCUACUCUUCAAAUUUUAAUCAUGUUGAUGAACAAAAGUGAAGCAGAAGUCAGAACAGUUAAUUUAUUUGCUUAACACUUUUCCUCAUUAUUCCUUUGAGGUGUCAAUCCAUAAUACAGAAUCAAGUGUCCAAGUACUUUAACACGUAAAAUCAGUGUUUCUAGUAUAUCCUUACAUUUUAGAGAAGACAGAAGUGCUGAUAUUCCAUUUUCAUGAUGUAAAUAUUUGUAUGCUAUUUACGCACAAAUGAUCAGAAAUGGGAGUUGGGGUGGUAGUUUGCUGAGUGCCAUCUCCGCCAACAGGAAUGCCUAGAAGUUUGAACAUGCAAAUAUGAAAUGAUUGUAAUAAUGCUGCUACAGUAUGUAACACUGGAGCUGAAAUAAACAUGAAACUGAG